AUAUCAAAAUCACACUUCUCCAUCGUCCCCUGUCCCUCUGCAUACUGAACUCUCUCAGUCACUCUCUUCUUCUUCUCUCUCUAAAAUCCAUUGCUGAGAGAGAGAGAGGAACCCAGAAAAAUGCGUUUCCUCCUCCUCUUCCUCCUACUCCAGUUCCAUCUCCACAGCUCCGCCGCCGCCAAACCAGGUCGCUUACCGGAAUACCUCGCUCUCCUCUCCUUGAAAACCUCAAUCAUCGAUGACACCCAAUCAUCUCUCUCCAGCUGGAACAUCUCCACCACCCACUGCACAUGGUCCGGCGUCACGUGCGACGCUUUCCGUCACGUGAGCUCCCUCGACCUCUCCGGCCUAAACCUCACCGGUACUCUCUCCUCCUCCAUCGGCCACCUCCGGUUCCUCCUCAACCUCACCGUCGCCGCCAACCAACUCUCCGGCCCCAUUCCGCCGGAGCUCUCUCUCAUCUCCGGCCUCCUCAACCUGAACCUCUCCAACAAUGGGUUCAACGAAACCUUCCCUCCUCAACUGGCUCUUCUCACAAACCUCCAAAUCCUCGACCUUUACAACAACAACAUGACCGGUGGCCUCCCAGUCAAUGUCUCCCAAAUGACCAGUCUCCGCCACCUCCACCUCGGCGGCAACUACUUCUCCGGCGAGAUUCCGCCGGAGUAUGGCCGAUUCCGCUCUCUUCAAUACCUCGCUCUUUCCGGCAACGGACUCGUCGGAGCUAUUCCUCGUGAAAUCGGAAACAUAUCGACCCUUCAACAACUCUACAUCGGGUAUUACAACAAUUUUUCAGGUGAGUUACCUCCGGAGAUCGGAAACUUGAGCCAACUGGUGAGAUUGGACGGAGCGAGCUGUGGACUCUCCGGCAAGAUUCCGGCGGAGAUUGCCAAGCUUCAGAACUUAGACACUCUGUUUCUACAAGUGAAUGGGUUUUCGGGAUCGUUAACGAGUGAACUGGGUUACUUGAAGAGCUUGAAAUCUAUGGAUCUGUCAAACAACUUGUUUUCUGGGGAAAUUCCGAGUUCGUUUGCUGAACUCAAGAACUUGACCCUUCUGAAUCUGUUCCGAAACAAGCUUCACGGGUCGAUACCGGACUUCAUCGGCGAUUUGCCGGAGCUAGAGGUGUUGCAACUCUGGGAAAACAACUUCACUGGAAGCAUUCCUCAAGGGUUGGGAUCGAAUGGAAAGAUUCAGUUCGUCGAUCUCUCUUCCAACAAAUUGACUGGAAUUCUACCUCCCAAUAUGUGUUUUGGUAAUCGACUCGACACCCUCAUUGCCUUAGGCAAUUUCUUGUUUGGUCCCAUUCCAGAAUCGCUCGGUCAGUGUCAAUCACUGAAUCGAAUUCGAAUGGGAGAGAAUUAUCUAAAUGGGUCGAUUCCAAAGGGACUCUUGAGCUUGCCUGUCCUCACCCAAGUUGAAUUUCAGGACAAUUUACUGUCAGGCCGAUUUCCGGAGACAGAUUCGAUAUCUGAUAGUCUCGGACAGGUUACUCUGUCCAAUAACAAGCUCACCGGUUCUUUGCCGGCGAGUAUCGGCAACUUCUCCAGCGUUCAGAAGCUUCUUCUUGAUGGGAAUCAGUUUUCGGGUCCCAUUCCUCCCGAAAUCGGGAAAUUGCAGCAGGUUUCGAAGAUCGAUUUCAGCGACAACAGCUUUUCAGGCCCAAUCGCGCCGGAGAUCAGCCAAUGCAAGCUACUGACUUUCAUCGAUCUCAGUCAGAACCAACUCUCCGGUGAAAUUCCCACUGAAAUCACAACCAUGCGAAUACUGAAUUACUUGAAUUUAUCGCGAAACCACUUAGUAGGAACCAUUCCCGGGUCGAUUGCAACAAUGCAAAGCUUGACUUCUGUUGAUUUUUCGUAUAAUAAUCUAUCUGGGUUAGUCCCAGGCACUGGUCAGUUCAGUUACUUCAAUUACACUUCGUUUCUCGGCAACCCUGACCUCUGUGGACCAUAUUUGAGCCCUUGCAAAGAUGGGAUUAGUAAUAGUACUCACCAAGGACAUGUUAAAGGCUCAUUCCCAGCUUCAUUGAAGCUCUUUCUUGUUAUUAUUCUGCUAGUAUGUUCAAUUGCUUUUGCAAUUGCUGCAAUUAUAAAAGCCCGGUCGAUCAAGAAAGCGAGCGAGGCUCGUGCCUGGAAGCUCACGGCUUUCCAACGCCUCGAUUUCACCUGUGAUGAUGUCUUGGAUUGCUUGAAAGAAGAUAACAUUAUAGGGAAAGGAGGUGCUGGUAUUGUUUACAAAGGGGCAAUGCCCAAUGGUGAUCAAGUUGCAGUGAAAAGGUUGCCUGUGAUGAGUCGUGGGUCUAACCAUGACCACGGAUUCAACGCGGAGAUACAGACCCUAGGGAGAAUUCGACACCGCCACAUUGUUAGGCUAUUGGGGUUUUGUUCAAACCAUGAGACAAAUCUUCUGGUUUAUGAGUACAUGCCUAAUGGGAGCUUAGGUGAAGUGCUUCAUGGCAAGAAAGGGGGUCAUUUGCUUUGGGACACAAGGUAUAAGAUUGCUGUGGAGGCCGCGAAAGGGCUUUGCUAUCUUCACCAUGAUUGUUCACCAUUGAUCCUCCAUCGAGAUGUGAAGUCAAACAACAUAUUGCUUGACUCCAAUUUCGAAGCCCAUGUUGCUGAUUUUGGACUUGCCAAGUUCAUGCAAGAUUCGGGCACUUCUGAAUGCAUGUCUGCCAUUGCUGGUUCCUAUGGAUACAUUGCACCAGAGUAUGCCUACACACUUAAGGUUGAUGAGAAGAGUGACGUCUACAGCUUUGGCGUGGUUCUCUUAGAACUUGUUUGUGGCAAAAAACCAGUUGGAGAAUUUGGUGAUGGAGUAGACAUAGUGCAAUGGGUGAGAAUGAUGACGAAUGGGAACAAGGAAGAAGUCCUAAAAAUCCUCGACCCAAGACUUGCCACGGUUCCCCUCAAUGAGGUAAUGCACGUCUUCUACGUGGCAAUGCUGUGUGUGGAAGAACAGGCUGUCGAACGCCCUACAAUGCGCGAAGUUAUCCAAAUUCUAACAGAACUUCCAAAGCCAAUCAACCCAAAACAGGGAGACUCGGUGGUCACAGAGUCGUCCUCAUCAUCACCAGCCAAUGCUUUAGCGUCUCCCUGGGCUGAAAGUAAAGAUACAAAAGAACAUCAUCAGCAACGGCUACCUCAAUCACCGCCUCCUGAUCUUCUUAGCAUUUGAAGGGGUUCUAUUGGGAUGAGUGUUUGCUUUAGUUUUCCAUGAAUAUUGGGUAACUUAAAGGUGUUUGCUUUGUUUUUUCUUCUCUUUCUUGGGUGUGAUUUUGGAGGGUGUUUGGGGUAGGAGGGGGUUUUUACUUUUUAACUUUUAAUUUUUAUCUUCUUUUUUUUUUCGUACAGUAAAUUGUGUUUCAUGAUGUGCUCUUUGCUAAUUCAUGUUUAUGAUUUCAUUUUUCAUGGAACUGCUGUUUUUGGUCAACACCACAGCAACAAAGAAAAUUAUAGCUUUGGGUUGGACUAUG